GGGGCCCGCGCGCGGCACAGAGAGGAGGAGGACGUGGAGCAGGGAGACGUGCAGCUGCGGAACACUGAGCGGUGGAGCAGCCAGCAAUGCUUUCAGUUCAAGCGAAAAUACUGCUACGUGUUCCUCAUCGCCGUCCUGUUGGUUGCCGUCAUCGUCUUGGGCGCAAACUACUCUCGCAAAGAGCCCAAGAAGGAGGAGCCCAAGGCUUGCAUGAGCGAGGUGUGCGUCAGUGCGGCGACACAGAUGCUCACCUACAUGGACCCAAGCGUGCCUCCCUGUGACGACUUCUACCGCUACGCGUGCGGGCGCUGGGGUGCGCGCUACCCGCUUCCGGGAGGGAAGAAGCGCUGGAGCGUCUGGGACAUCAGCUUCCAUCACAACCUGGAGCUCAUCAAAAACAGGCUCGAGAACGGCACGUUCGACAAAAAUAAACGUCUGGCCGCGUACGACGCCCAGGCGUUCUACUUGGCCUGCAUGGACGAAGAAAGAGUCGAGGACGUUGGGGCUACCCCCCUGCUGGAGCUUCUCAAAGAGUUUGGUGGCUGGGGUGUUCUGGGCAACUCCAGUCACCUGAAUCUGACGGAGCUGAUGAUACGUUUGUCACGCAAGUUCUUGUCUCCAGCCAUCUUCGACAUUGAUGUUGUUCCUGGUAUUGACAGCCCAGGAAUGUAUUUUAUAAAGCUUUCUUCACCCAAGUUGAGUCUGCCAUCACUUUAUUACUCCAAUAAUCCCGUGAAAACGAACAAGAUACUGCCUGCAUACAAAGAGUACAUGAUGCGUGUGACAAGGCUGCUGGGUGGAGGAAAUUCAUCAUGCGCAGAAAUGGAGAAGGUGCUGGCAUUUGAACAGGAUUUGGCCAAUAUAAUACCUGACUCCAAGGUUGAAGGCUCCGUGAACAUGACCAUUCCGGAUUUCCAGAAGGCGAUUCCCUUCCUCAACUGGACCCUGUACCUGAGUGGACUGUUCUCCAAUGGGACGUACGAAACCCAGCCCCUCUUCAUUGACUCGGUUCCCUACUUCAAGAAAUUGUCCGAUUACGUGAAAAAAUCUGACCCAAAAACACUGACCAACUAUGCGCUGUGGAUGCUCAUCCAGAAGAUGAUCCCCAUCUUGGACUACAGAUUUAGGAAGGCCGCCCUCAUCAUGGCGGAAGCGAUUGAUGAGACCACGGAGCCUGUGCGCCGCUGGGAGUUCUGCAUGGAUCUGGCAGACAAGUCCUUGGCCUACGCCCUGGGGGAGAUUUUUGCGAUGAAAGAAAUCACGGCGAAAAGAAAAGAGGAUGUGAAGAAAAUGAUCGACAAUUUGAAGCACGCCUUUAAAGAUAAUCUGGAUCACCUACCCUGGAUGGACAACAAGACACGGCUCGCCGCGAAGGAGAAGGCAAAAAACAUCCAGAGUGCGGUUGGUGAGGAUGACUACAUGGAAGAUGUCUCGAAUGUGGAUAUGUUCUACGAAAAUUUCAAGGUUGUUGAAGGCAGAUUCUUUGAAACCAUGGUCAAUUUCUACAAUUACACAUCCAGAAGGACCAUACGAAGCAUGUUGGCCACCAGUAUGCAAUGGAGGGCCCCAGCGCAGACCGUGGACGCCUUUUACUACUACGAGAGCCUCAACACGAUGUACAUUCCAGCCGGCAUCAUGCAGGAGCCCUUUUACCAAGAUGUCUACCCCAUGUUCCUGAAAUACGCUGGGAUUGGAACGGUCAUCGGACACGAGCUGUGUCACGGAUUUGACAACAAAGGGAGCGAGUACAACGUGGAAGGCAAACAGGAAAACUGGUGGGAGAACACGACGCACAAUGAGUUUAAAUUGCGAACACACUGCAUGGAGGUUCAGUACAGCAACUACACGUGGAAGGAGAGGCCCAUCAACGGAACGCAGACCCUGGGGGAAAACAUCGCGGACAACGGCGGCCUGCACACUGCACUUCUCGCCUACGCACGCUGGGAAGAGCAGCAUGGCAAGGAAGAGCCCCUCCCCUACCUAAACCUCACCAACAAGCAGGCGUUCUUCGUCUGGUUUGCUCAGCUCUGGUGCUCGAUGGAAAAGGAAUCGGUGGAAGUGGAGAUCGAGGACGCGUUAAGCGAUUCGCACAGCCCAGCGGCUGUGCGUGUUCGUGGCAUGGUCUCCAACUCGCCGGCAUUCGCCGAGGCCUUCACCUGCCCCAUGGGAGCUGCCAUGAACCCCGAAGAGAAGUGCCGCAUAUGGUGAGGGUGGGACCCACCUCGCCCCGCAGGCCCAACACGAACAAGUGCACAGCAUCCGUGGGCUGUGGCUUGACACGUGGCGGGGAGAGGGUCACUUCAGCGAGGUCCAGACACACCGGCGGCCUCGUGGGGGGCCUCGUGGGGGGCCUCGUGGGGGCACGCUCGGCAGUUUUCAUAAUAAACGGGGAGUGUUUUUGAUUUGGUGCCUUAUACAUCAAGGUCUCAGAGCGCUUUAUGCCUCAUCUCAAUGCGCUUGUGGGCGCAAACAGAGAAGGAGGCAAUGGUCGCUAUGCGCAAUCCCGGUUUGGGUGAUUUUAGAAUCCCAAUCUGUUGCCACCUUUCUUGUGACUACCCGUGGUGUUUUUCUCCCCGGGUUUUUGUGUUCAGGAACUCGCAUGGUUGUCACGUGCGUGCGCUCCCGCAGCCUCCGGUAAUUCCGGCGUCUACCCAGCAGUCGUUAGUUCUGUGCUUUGCCGAUAUUUUAACGCUUCAGAUGUGUGCGGGCAUCCAAAGUGUUUCCUGAACGAGGUACUAAUGCUCAACCCGUCUUGGGCUCGCAUUAGAGAGUCUUCCUGCUCUCGCGAUCGGUGGCCCUUGAGCCAGUGGAGAUGUCGUAUAGUGGAGUCCCUUAUCUCCACAGUACGACCAUUGCUGGGGCUUUCCACAAAGUGGUACUCAAUUUCAGAGCCCCGGGUGAAAGAUGGGCUGAUUUAAUUUGACCGAGUCAGGGAUCUAACAGGGUCAGUUUUCAUACUCUUUGGGUCUUUCUUUCAGUUUUCAUGUCCAGUAUGUUUUACUGACAUUUGAGCAGAGUUAAAUACUGUAAUCCCUCGCCAAACGUGGGGCUUAGGUUCCUGGAAAAGGCUGCGGUAGGCAAAUCCGCGGCUGGUGAAGUACAGGGGCCUAUGGGAAUAUUAACUAAACACUGAAUACAAUACAGUCAAUAACACAAUAACAUAAAACGUAAAUAAACAUUACAUUAGCUUUACAUACCUUUACUAUUAAAGAUGACAAUGAGAUGAUGGGGGAAGGGGUGGUUAGAAGAAGGAGGGGCUCAGCCCACCCUCCCCCUCUUCUUCUGGGUCAUCAAUGACAGAUGUGUGGGCAGGCGAGGCAGGCACAGAUGAGGAGGCAGGCACAGUGGUGCUGUGAUACAAUAAAAAUGGACUGACGGAAUCGCCGAUCAUGUAGAUAUUGUCCAAUCAAAAAAGGGGCAUGUCACGUGACUUUACACUCAUCAAUAUAAUUACUCGGUCCAUGUAUCGAAUGGCAAUGAAUCAACACAGCAAUUCACCUUUAAAUUAUGAACUGAUCGUGAUUAACCUAUUUUUUAUCUUUAUUUCUUAUAUUUUAUAUGUAUAUCGUGGUGCUAUUGGCGGGAUUGGUAAUGCUGUGGUUUAUUUCUUUAACAAGGUAAAUCAAUGUGAAUGACAAGCAACGUAUGCGGUUGCGAUGUGACGCGAUCUAUGCGUUGCAAGAAUGACAGCAGUCCCUCGGUUAACAGUGACAUCGGUUAGCGGUGACAUCGGUUAGCGGUGACAGCGGUUAAUGUUUCGCCUCCGAUAGGACCCCAUGGUUUUGACUGACGUUAACAUUUCGAUUAACGACACGUUUACGUUAUGCACGCGGGCGCCACUUUCGGCCAAUCUGAGCGCUUAAAAAAGAGGCUGAGCCAUGCCCUCAGCCAAUCAACGACGCCUAUUUAUGUGCGUUAAGUCCUCGACUGGCUUUGUUUACAUUAUACGAUUUCUGUUUUGGAAGUAGCAACAGCUUUCUUUUGCGGACUCAUGUAAUUUCCAUAUUCGAUUCACAGUUAUUUUGGUGAGCAGUUUUCGUGGAACGGAUUAAAAACGUUAACUGAGGGACUACCGUAGUGUACUGUGUAACAAAGAGCUGUGAUAAAGCUACGCAGCACCACGGGUGGCCACGGGAGGCGCUGUGGCGCGGAGAACCGCGACCGUGUGACAUUUGCAAAUGUGUAGUGAGUUAAACUGAGUCGCAGGCGUACUCUUUGAGGCAACACAUUUAUUAACACCAACACACGUGAUAACUGCCCCUUACAGAAUAACAACCUAUGGUGGUGACCACCGGGCUAACUACACUAAUUACAACGUAACUAGCUACUACUGACCGGACC